GGCCGCGGAAGCGCUCGGGCGCCGGGAGCGCGUCAUUCUCGGCGCGACACCGCCUGUGGGAUCCUGGGGUGGGCGGCUGGCGGCGAGUUGCGGGCCCGGCCUGAAGCGGCGGCGGCGGCAGAGGAGGAGGAGGAGGCGGCCUAGGCCCGGCGUAAGCGGGGAAGAUGCCCGUGGCGGUGAUGGCGGACAACGCCGCCUUCAGCUUCAAGAAGCUGCUGGAUCAGUGCGAGAACCAGGAGCUCGAGGCCCCCGGAGGCAUCGCUGCGCCCCCCGUGUACGGGCAGCUGCUGGCGCUCUACCUCCUGCACAACGACAUGAAUAAUGCCCGUUAUCUUUGGAAAAGAAUUCCUCCUGCUAUAAAAUCUGCAAAUUCUGAGCUUGGGGGAAUCUGGUCAGUAGGACAGAGAAUCUGGCAGAGAGACUUCCCAGGAAUCUACACCACCAUCAGCUCUCAUCAGUGGUCUGAGACCAUUCAGCCCAUCAUGGAAGCACUCAGAGAUGCCACGAGAAGAAGAGCCUUUGCACUGGUUUCUCAGGCGUACACCUCCAUCAUCGCCGAUGACUUCGCAGCAUUUGUGGGACUUCCUGUAGAAGAAGCAGUGAAAGGUGUCUUGGAGCAAGGAUGGCAAGCCGAUUCCACCACGAGGAUGGUGAUGCCCAAGAAGCCCGGUUCCCUCGAUGUUUCCUUUAACAGAUUUAUUCCUUUAUCAGAGCCUGCUCCAGUUCCACCAAUCCCCAACGAACAGCAGUUAGCCAGAUUGACCGACUACGUGGCUUUUCUUGAAAAUUGAUUCGUCGGCUUUUCUGUUCAAGAUCAAACUUGGAAUCCUGUGUGCUGACCAGUCUGGAAAAGCGCCAUUUUCGUUGUGAUCUGUUGGAUAAAACACCGUGACAUUCUUUAUUAGAACAUGGGAUAAAAUACAUAUGUUAGAUACAGAUAUUUUUGGUCCUUAAACAUUGUGCUGAAUUCACCAUUGAACGGCUUCUUAGUCCCAUAUAUUUAUUAAUUUGGAGUACAACAGUAUUGCAUGGUUAGGUCUUACUCUGUAGUGAUUCCUGAUGGAGAAACGUAGCUAUCUCCAUCUGUGGAUGUAAAAUGCAGUAGGUCGGCAAGGACAAUUAAUUAUCUCCUCAUGUUAGUGACUAGCUUGGUAAAUCUUAGCUCUUCUCUGCUGUUUUCAGUGCACCCACUGCUGGCAGUGAGGAACAUGCUGCAAGAGGGGACAGAGGCCCUGACAGGAGCAGUGGAAAGAGGACAGACUUCUCGAGGGAAGGGGAACGCUGGGCGUGAGGGGAUUGGUUCAGUCAGAGCCAUCUGCAAAAGGAAGGGAAAUGAGUCCAAAGUUAUUCCAGGGUGGUGUAAUGCCUCUGCCCCUUAGCGCGCCUUCCCAAAAGAGAAGCGACUCAUGCCUUGGCCCCUCUCUAUUCCUCAGACUCACGGGGAGCUUCUUGAUAAGAGCAUUGGUGUUUGGGGGCCCUGCUUUUAGGCGGUUCUCUGGGUGCUGGGUCUAGAAGGAAGGACGGGACUGUCUUUGCUGAAUUGGCUGGUUGACAAAGACUCGCUAGGAAGCUGCUUAAGAAAGAAGGUACAUUACAGAGGGGACCUAGGCCACACUGUUGAGCUCCGAGAACCGUGCUCUUGAAAUUCUGGAGUUUAAAGGUGACUAUUUGGAAGGAUGCAACUUGGAUGACCAUUCUAUUUAAAAAUAGAAUUUUGCAGUUUCAUGACAAUUGACUGGGUAGUGCAUUUCUUUCAUCUUUUCAUAGUGGUGAAUGUCGUUUAAUAAGUGCUUUGGUCGGGUGGUUUCAUUCAUUUGUGAGACUGGUGAUUCUGCUAUUCACAGUAAGAUCUCCUUCAGCACAUUGGACUACUGUACAUUUUUUGAACACUUUAGUUGUUUUUUAGAGGGUCCUGAAUUGUGCACUGUUACUUUAAAAGUCAGUUAAACAUGCGUAACAAUUAAUCUCAUAGGAUAUUUAUUUGAGCCCAUUGAAGUCCUGGAGCUUUUCCUAAGUGUUGAAGGAUGUGUAAUUUCAGUGACAUUAAAUAUGUUUACACUAAGCCUCUCUGCAUGUAUAUUUUGGUUUUUGAAGAGUGAUCAGAGCUCUGACUACAAAGAAAUUUUCAUUUUUCAGGUCUUAUCACCCAGGAAGUCAGCUAAGUAGGAGGGUAACAUAGGACAGGAUCUGUCCUGUGAGGAGCAGCUGUCCACGAGGAGCUGCUUGAUUUUUAAAAAUGGAUUGCAUGAAGUAGGUGCUAUGGAAAGGGUUGGUCAGUUGGUCGGUUGGUUUUCCAGAAGCCAAGGGUACUUUCCAAAAUGCUCUCAGCUUUUAGAAAAGGUGCUUGGUUACAUCUACCAUUGGCUCGAUCUCUUCUUUGAAGUAAUCGGUCCUUUUGAUGGAAAGUCACACAGGGGUCAGUUGUCAUGGGUGAGAAAAUCGAUUGACGAAGUUGGUGAUAACCUUGUAAAAAUGGUACAGACAGUAAUAGCUCACAUGUACAUGUGUACAUUUCUGCACUACGUGCCCAGCCCUGUGCUAAGCAUGAUCUCAUUGGAUCCUCCAACAACCCUGGGAAGGAGAAAAAUGAGGCAAACAGAAGUGACUUGCCCAGGGUCACACAGCUAGAAAGUGUCUGAGACUGGAUUGGAACUCGAGUCUUCCUGACUCCAGGCCUGGCAGAUGGAUUUCAUUCUGUGGCUCAUGGACAUUUGUCCUUGCCCGGACAGUUUGCUCCUGAAGGUUUGCAGCUCUGAGCUGGGUGUGGGACAAGGAGCCGAGACCAACAGAUGAGACCUGGGCAUUGGUGGCCCAGUUUGGUGCCGAGUGCAGCCAGAAGGAGGCCAAAGUGCCCAGGGAAAGUAGAGUGAAGUCACAGUCAGCCAGAAGGGUCAAGGAAAGCCACCUCUACUGUCCAAGGAGGCCCAAAGGCCACGGUUUGAAUCCUGCCCCCCUCAACUAGAGCUACAUGAUUGGGAGGGUCGCUGACGUGCCUCGUCUCUGAUGUUGAAUUACACGUCACUGACCUCACGGAGAUGGUCUGAGGCACGAAGGAGAUUGUGUGUGUAACAGACUUGUAACACCGUGUAAGUGAUGUUAUUGUCUGAAGUGGCCUUAAGGGCCUUUGGGAACCUCUCUGGCCCGCUGACGGGGGCCUGUUCAGAAGAUUCCACUUGGGUGUUCCUCAGAGACAGCCGAGGGUAGUGGAUGAAGAGAGACCAGAACACCCAGGUUGGAUGCAUUUUUCCACUGGGUUCCUCCCACAGGCAUUGCUCAGCCAGUUUUAUGGGUUGUUGGUUUUGUUUUUUUGGUUUUUUUUUGGGCAGGGGGUUGGGGUUUAGGUUUUAUAAAUGUUGCAUAGCCAUGGAGCCCAUCAAAGGGGCAUUGCACUGUUUUGGGUCUUAAUUUAGUAGGCACAGUGUCACCUAGAGCCCCACCCUCCACAGAGAAUCCCUCCCAACUUGCUCCCAUCUCUACCCAAGAGGAGCUCGUGGUUUUCCCUGUUUGGUGCCUCGCUGAAUUUCGGGGAACCCCUGGAUUUUUGAACAUUAUAAAGAAAAUGAAAUCAUGAAGCUGGUCACAUGAUGUCUCACAUUUUCAUCUCGUCUAAUAAUAGAACCCAAGAAUUCCAUUGAAUCUUAAACCCCAGAAGGGCAUCGUAGGUGUUAGUCGAGGCAGAUUCUAUGGCUUGACUAGAUGCAUGAUCUCAUGCUGACUCUGUUGCCAGCCCAGGCAGGAACCUGCCAUCAGAGCCAGGCAUCUUGAUGGGAUAGAACGGCCAAGUAAAGGAGAAGCAGUGGAGCGAUGCUCAGCACACCCACCCCGUGAUAUGCAGUGUCCCACGGGGCCAUGCACCAGGGUGGGCUGCUGUGGCAGCAUUCAAGGGCACCUUACCUAAGAAAUUCCCUGCAAGACCAGAUCAACACAAGCUCUGCCCUGCUGUCCUCUCUCCUCCCGCCCUUAUGUCCUCUAUCUUUCCCCCUCUCCUCUUCUCCCUCUCCAUCUCCCUCUUCCAGACAACCUCCUCUGGGCCCUCCUGCCAAAUGGCAGUACUUUUACUCACCUCCUGACUGUCACCUCUCGAUAACAUUUGAAGCCUCUCCCCCAGCUGUCUGCUCCACUCCCCACUCUGCACAUGCCUUCCCUUAUCUCCUCCACUGAGAAUAUUAAGGUUGUCUCAGCUCCACUCCUCAACACCAUAUAUGCAAGAGGGGAAGGAAGGAAGCUCUCCUGUAAUUUUCCCUUCUCCCUCCUCUCAGGAACCCAAUAAACUCUCAGUAUAGUCAGUUUGCAGAAAGGAAUUUAUGUAUCCUGGUUUAGAAUUAAUUAGUCCUUGACUGGUCUGUUUACAGUCUUCAGUCAAAGACAGGACAGCAAAAAAAAAUCUGACCUCAACAUGCUGAUUGAAGCAGCAGUAAGAUCAUAGGGUUCCAUCUCUGGCUUUGGAUGUGAAGUCUCGUUUUACUCUGGUUUUACUUAGAUCCCUUCUUGGAAAGUGGCAGCGCAUAGUAACCACCAUAUUGGGAAGGUGAAUGAUUUCAAGCAUGUCUCUAACCAAACACGCAAAUGUCACGAAUUAUCAGAGAGAAUGUCUUUAUGGGUCACUGGGAGGCCUGUUCAGGGAUUUGAAAAGGAUGGUUUGGUGCUUCAAGAAGUUUCUGUGCAGCAAAUGGAUGAAGAAAUAAAGACCAGAAAACCAAAAUGCCUCAUCUGUGGCCUUCCUGAAAUCUAUACAAUAUCACCCUUGCCAUCCCUAAAGCCGACUGACUCCUCAAGCUGGCCUUCACCUCCAGGGCCAGCUGUUGGUGGAUUGGUCCAGCCAUUCUGGGAAGCAGCUUGGAAUUAUGUGAAGAAAGUGGCCAAAGUACCUAAACCUGUGGCACAGAGAUUCCGGGCCCAGCAUGUGCUAAGGGAGCCAGUGACACAAAGGCCUCAUGUGCACCCAAACACUGGCAGCAGCGCUUUUUGUGGUUGGAAAUAAAUGGGGACAGAAGUCAUGGCGCAUGAAGGUCACACAAGACUUCUGGGCUAUGAGAAGUAACUGGGAUGAAGCCCGAGAAGCAUGAGAAGACUCCAGUGAACUGAAGCAAAACGAAGGAAACCGACCCAGAAAACGAGAUCAUUGUGUCACAGCUGGCAGGAGGAGCGGUGGUGGCAGACCAAUGGAAGUGAAGUGGUGCUUGGCAGUGCUAUCUAGGAGCAAUGAUAGUUAUGGUGAUGGUGAUAGCUGGCAUUUAGAAAGUGCCUACUAUGUGCCUGGGCUUGUGCUGAGCAAUUUACAGUUACGGUCUCAUGUGAGCCUCACAACUCUGCAAGGUAGAUGCUGUUACAAGGUCCGUUUUGCAAAUGAGGAAACUGAGUCACCCAGCUGGUAAUUACUGUGUCUCAGGCCAGAUUUGAACUCGGGGCUUCCUGACUCCAGGGCCAGUGCUCUACCCACCGUGCCACCUAGAUGGAAACAGCCGGGGAGGAGCCUCGCUUUUUUGCUCUAAGCAACUUCGUUUCCAUAGAGGCCUUUGUGGGAGGGCCCGUCACUGGAGGACAGCUGUCAUUUUCUUUUUUAAGGAGACAUAAUUUAGACAUUUAAGUCAAAGUGUCUAACACCAGACUAAGUGCAUUCAUUGACGUACAAUCAAUUUAGCUUUUCAGUGUUAUAAUAAUCAGUUAGUAACAAAACUUUAGGUGCAGUUUCACACAUUCUCACACUUUCCAGUCCAGUUCCCAGAGAAAUAAAGUGUCUUCGUGCACUCCAUUUUCUUUUUAUAAGCAGGUGCAAUAUACACUGGUUAUAGGAUAUUUCACUUCAUAUUUAAAAUUGUUAAUACAUACCUUAGGUGAACACCAUAUUAAAACUCAACCUCAAUAACCACAAAAUUUCAAAGAAAAGACUGGAAAGCACUCUAAUUACUGUUUAAAUGCUUGAGUAUGAUCCUUCGUGUGGGAGUCUAUCAAAAUAAUUGGGAAUAACUGAUUCUAACUGACUCCAAAAAGAGGCACCUUCAACCCUUCCAAAACAGUAAUAGUUCGUGUUACAAGUUAAUCGUUUUGCCUACAUCGUUUUGGCACUUUUAUCCUAUAUAUUCAAUGUAUCCGCACUUUGAAAACAUAGGAUCAAGGUCUAAGAUAAAUGUUAGUACAAUAAUAUUAUUAAAUUGUUCUUUAUGAAAAAAUGUAUUUUGCUUGUGGAUAUGUAAUAGAACUGUCCUUCAGUAAUUUUACUACACUAUUCUACUUUAUGUAUCAUUGAAUGAACACUAUAAGGAAAACGUACCAUCUGGACAAGAAAUAAGCAAACUUAAGGCCUUUGGAUGUCAUCUGUCGUCAUCACACAAACUCUAGGAUUGAGUAGGGGUAAUGCUGCUGCAUAAUAUGAACUCAAAGCAUUUCCACUUAGUUUUUAAGAGCCCUCUCAACUCUGGAUACUGGAUACAUUUUUUAUUCACAUAAAUAUAUUUAAAGAUAAUUUUUUUGAAAUUCAUAUCCGCUAAGUAUCAAACUAAAUUUGGUCUCUGAAAAUAAUCAUAUUUUUUAAAAUUAGGACUUUCUCUUAGAUGGUGGCUAAGCUUUAAUGUGGAUUUUCAUUUCUGUUACCACAUGAAGCAUUUGAACUGAUUCAUGUUCUUGAAAAUUGACAUUUUUUACAUGCUAGCCUCUUGAAAACUCCAUCCUGGGAUGUCAUAGAUUCCAUAAAUAAGGUUACAAAGGGUCGAAGGCACUCAAGAGGGAAAGUUACUGCAAAACAAUGCAAACAAUUUGAGGAGCAAACAAAAUUUUAAUCAGCAAAUGUCAAAAGUUUUGACAAAAAGCUGCUCCCAAAGUGAUAGCAACUCUUUGAAAUGGACACUUUAAACUAGAUCUCUGUGUUAUUUGACAAUAAAUCUCUUAAUGCUU